CUGUAAAGUAUCAUACCAGGUUUAGUCUAAACAUUCCAACAAUAUUUAUAACAAGAAACCAAGGCAGUUCAAGAUUAAUAUAAUAAAUAUUUAUUUAUUUUAUUAUACCUCCUGAAGUCACAGUUACAAGGAUGUAUCACUCAAACAUAACCUCAUCUGCCAAAUACCAGGCAACUCUUGGUCAGAAAAUUGGUAAAAUGAAUAUUGUGUCAAACCCAAUGGAUAUCUUACCAGAACCGGGAUUGAUGAAGUCUUACCCUGUCGCUGUACCCGACUUGAUAGCUGCCGCAGCGCAAACUACGUCAAAACAUAUAAAGAAAACAGACACACGCAUCAAUCUAUCCGUGAACCAAGGAACAGUUGGGAACGGUGGUGUUCCUUUCGUUGUGCCAAGUUUUGAGCGAAGUAAAGUAAAUUUACCAAUCGUCGAUUUCAGAUAUUUCUCCAAUAAACCUGUUUACCAAGGAACUACGUUACCAUUGCCAAUGGUUACCAGGAAAUACAAAGAACUUACAGUAUUCAACGGAUUCAUAUUUUCAUUGAUAAUCAUCAUUGGAACAAUACUUGGAGCAUUUGCUGGUUACGGAAUGUACAAAAUGUUCCAGUGAAAAUAUCGUCUGCUGUGAGACGCCCGGAAGUAAUCUUGCAAGACCCUGUGCGCACGCAACAGUCAACUGUACAGACGAUGAAAUGUUUAUUUUAAUCGCUGCGGCUUUAACAGGAAUGCACAAAAUCAAACAAAGAGUUUAAUUACCAGAGACUAUUGCAAACAGACUCAUCUUGUGUUACAUACGCUACAGAGCCUUUGGUAAAAAUCGUAACCCGAAAAGGGCGCAACUGACGCGAUGUAUGUACAGAUUGAGACUAUUUGGUGCAAGUUGCAAUUGUGAG